GGGAAAAGAUGCACUACUAUCGUUAUGAAAAUGCAGAGGUCAGCUGCUGCUACAAGUACCUCAUGUUUAGCUACAACAUAAUAUUUUGGGUAAGUAACACUACCAGAAGCCCUGUAAACCUUUAGUAACGUAGGCUAAUGCUUAGCCACUUAGAGAAUUCGAGAGUGAAAUACUUACACAUCUCUAACAUGUAGGCUCAGCAUUCCCGAACAGUGCCAUCACAAGUCAGAAUGUUGAACAAACUUACUUGACAUGUUGUCCGCUGCUUUUGUCCCUAUGUCGUCAGAGGAAAUCUGAGACAAAAUAUCCACAGGGAAGCGUUAUCAACCCGACCUUCAGUACGCUGGUUUGUAUUUCUUGUUUUGUGUUUUCAAUACUGAAGCAAUUCGCAUGCAACAAACACUUGCACACUAUGGCCGAACAACAUACCGAACUUUGUCCCACGCAAUCAGCUGGCAAAACACUGCAAGUUGAUUGCGAGGAAACGUGCUUUGGUCGACUACGUUUGGUUACAUUCGGCUAUCGUUUACAUAAAGUGCAAUGCGUCAGGAGAUUGAAAAUACAAGCGACAGAACCUACUGGUGCUGCAAAAAGUUGGAUAAACAACACUUUCCUGUGGAUACCUUAUCUCCACCUCCUACCGUCAAAAGGACUAACAACACAGAACCUGUAAAGUAAGUGUAAAUAUAAUUUUAGUCAACAUUCUGGUUUGUAGACCCUUGCGUCUUUUAUAGGCAGACUUUUUUCAGACGGAAUAUCAUGGGGUAACCAUGGUAACAGUCGGAUUAGGCAAGCAAAUGCUAUGACACCCCCUUGUCUCAUUUUUUAUUUAUUUAUUUAACCUUUAUUUAACCAGGUAGGCCAGUUGAGAACAAGUUCGAAGCGGCAGGUAGCUUAGUGGUUAAGAGCGUUGUGCCAGUAACCGAAAGGUCGCUGGUUCUAAUCCCCGAGCCGACUAGGUGAAAAAAUCUGUCUGUGCCCUUAAGCAAGGCACUUAACCCUAAUUGCUCCUGUAAGUCACUCUGGAUAAGAGCGUCUGCUAAAUGACGUAAAUGUUCUCAUUUACAACUGCGACCUGUCCAAGAUAAAGCAAAGCAGUGCGAUUAAAAACAACAACACAGUUACACAUGGGAUAAACAAAACAUACAGUCAAUAACACAAUAGAAAAUCUAAAUACAGUGUGUGCAAAUGAGGUAAGGCAAUAAAUAGGCCAUAGUGCAAAAUAAUUACAAUUUAGUAUUAACACUGGAGUGAUAUAUGUGCAAAUAGAGAUACUGGGGUGCAAAAUAAAUAACAAUAUGGGGAUGAGGUAGUUGGAUGGGCUAAUUAGAUGGGCUAUGUACAGGUGCAGUGAUCGGUAAGCUGCUCUGACAAAUUAUGCUUAAAGUUAGUGAGGGAGAUAAGAGUCUCCAGCUUCAGAGAUUUUUGCAGCUCGUUCCAGUCAUUAGCAGCAGAGAACUGGAAGGAGUGGCGGCCAAACGAGGUGUUGGCUUUGGGGACGACCAGUGAGAUAUACCUGCUGGAGCGCAUACUACAGGUGGGUGUUGCUAUGGUGACCAAUGAGCUAAGAUAAGGCAGGGAUUUGCCAAGCAGUGAUUUAAAGAUGACCUGGAGCUAGUGGGUUUGGCGACAUAUGUAGUGAGGACCAGCCAACAAGAGCUUACAGGUCACAAUGGUGGGUAGUAUAUGGGGCUUUGGUGACAAAACGGAUGGCACUGUGAUAGACUACAUCCAAUUUGCUGAGUAGAGUGUUGGAGGCUAUUUUGUAAAUGACAUCGCCGAAGUCAAGGAUCGGUAGGAUAGUCAGUUUUACGAGGGCAUGUUUGGCAGCAUGAGUGAAGGAGGCUUUGUUGCAAAAUAGGAAGCCAAUUCUAGAUUUAACUUUGGAUUGGAGAUGGUUAAUGUGAGUCUGGAAGGAGAGUUUACGGUCUAACCAGACACCUAGGUAUUUGUAGUUGUCCACAUAUUCUAAGUCAGACCCGCCGAGAGUAGUGAUUCUAGUCGGGUGGGUGCAAGCAGCGUUCGAUUGAAGAGCAUGCGUUUAAGAGCAGUUGGAGGCUACGGAAGGAGUGUUGUAUGGCAUUGAAGCUCGUUUGGAGGGUUGUUAACAGUGUCCAAUGAAGGGCCAGAUGUAUACAAAAUGGUGUCGUCUGCAUAGAGGUGGAUCUGAGAGUCACCAGCAGCAAGGGCGACAUCAUUGAUAUACACAAAUACACAGGGCAUGGGCAAGUUGCAGAGCUGGUGGCCGGGGUAUGGGUAGCCAGGUGGAAAGCAUGGCCAGCCGUAGCAAAAUGCUUAUUAAAUUCUCGAGUAUAGUAGAUUUAUCGGUGGUGACAGUGUUUCCUAGCCUCAGUGCAGUGGGCAGCUGGGAGGAGGUGCUCUUAUUCUCCAUGGACUUUACAGUGUCCCAAAACUUUUUGGAGUAGUGCUACAGAUUGCACAUUUCUGUUUGAAAAAGCUAGCCUUUGCUUUCCUAACUGAUUGUGUAUAUUGGUUCCUGACUUCCCUGAAAAGUUGCAUAUCGCGGGGCUGUUCGAUGCUAAUGCAGUACGCCACAGGAUGUUUUUGUGCUGGUCAAGGGCAGUGUGGGGUGAACCAGGGGCUAUAUCUGUUCUUAGUUCUGAAUUUUUUGAAUGGGGCAUGCUUAUUUAAGAUUGAGAGGAAAGCACUUUCAAAGAACAACCAGGCAUCCUCUACUGACGGAAUGAGGUCAAUAUCCAUCCAGGAUACCCGGGCCAGGUCAAUUAGAAAGGCCUACUUGCUGAAGUGUUUUUAGGGAGCGUUUGACAGUGAUGAGCGGUGUUCGUUUGACCGAGGACCCAUUACGGACGCAGGCAAUGAGGCAGUGAUCGCUGAGAUCCUGGUUGAAGACAGCGGAGGUGUAUUUAGAGGGUAAAUUAGUCAGGAUGAUAUCUAUAAGGGUGCCCAUGUUUACCUGGUAGGUUCCUUGAUAAUUUGUGAGAUUGAGGGCAUCUAGUUUAGAUUGUAGGACGGCCGGGGUGUUGAGCAUAUCCCAGUUUAGGUCACCAAGCAGUACGAACUCUGAGGAUAGAUGGGGGGCAAUCAAUUCACAUAUGGUGUCCAGGGCACAGCUGGGGGCUGAGGGGGGUCUGUAGCAAGCGGCAACAAUGAGACUUAUUUCUGGAAAGGUGGAUUUUUAGAAGUAGAAGCUCAAACUGUUUGGGCACAGACAUGGAUAGUAUGAUAGAGCUCUGCAGGAUAUCUCUACAGUAGAUUGCAACUCUGCCCCCUUUGGCAAUUCUAUCUAGACGGAAAAUGUUAUGCUUGGGGGUGGACAUUUCAGAGUUUUUGGUGGCCUUCCUAAGCCAGGAUUCAGACACUGCUAGAACAUUACAUUUACAUCAUUUAGCAGACGCUCUUAUCCAGAGCGACUUACAAAUUGGUGCGUUCACCUUAUAGUCAGUGGGAUAACCACUUUACAAUGUUUUUUUUUCUUUCUUUGGGGUGGGGUAAGGGGGAUAGAAGGAUUACUUUAUCCUAUCCCAGGUAUUCCUUAAAGAGGUGGGGUUUCAAGUGUCUCCGGAAGGUGGUGAGUGACUCCGCUGUUCUGGCGUCGUGAGACAGUUUUGACUGGGCUGAGCGGGAACUGUGCUUCCGCAGAGGUAGGGGGGCCAGCAGGCCAGAGGUGGAUGAACGCAAUGCCCUCGUUUGGGUGUAGGGACUGAUCAGAGCCUGAAGGUAUGGAGGUGCCGUUCACCUCACAGCUCCGUAGGCAAGCACCAUGGUCUUGUAGCAGAUGCGAGCUUCAACUGGAAGCCAGUGGAGUGUGCGGAGGAGCGGGGUGACGUGAGAGAACUUGGGAAGGUUGAACACCAGGCGGGCUGCGGCAUUCUGGAUGAGUUGUAGGGGUUUAAUGGCACAGGCAGGGAGCCCAGCCAACAGUGAGUUGCAUUAAUCCAGACGGGAGAUGACAAGUGCCUGGAUUAGGACCUGUGCCGCUUCCUGUGUAAGGCAGGGUCGUACUCCGAAUGUUGUAGAGCGUGAACCUACAGGAUCGGGUCACCGCCUUGAUGUUAGUGGAGAACGACAAGGUGUUGUCCAGGGUCACGCCAAGGCUCUUCGCACUCUGUGAAUAACUCAAACUUUGGGAGGAGGCUUCUGAUGUUAACAUGCAAGAAACCAAGGCUUUUACGGUUACAGAAGUCAACAAAUGAUAGCGCCUGGGGAGUAGGAGUGAAACUGGGGGCUACAGGGCCUGGGUUAACCUCUACAUCACCAGUGGAGGAGUAGAAUAAGGAUACGGCUAAAGGCUUUAAGAACUGGUCUUCUGGUGCGUUGGGUACAGAGGGAAAAAAGGGGCAGAUUUCCGGGCGUUGUAGAAUAGAUUCAGGGCAUUAUGUACAGACAAGGAUAUGGAAGGAUACGAGUACAGUGGAGGUAAACCUAAGCAUUGGGUAACGAUGAAAGAGAGAGCAUCACUGGAGGCACCGAUUGAGCCGGUCUCCGCGUGUAUGGGGGGUGGGACAAAGGAGCUAUCUGAGGCAGGUUGAGCGGGACUGGGGGCUCUACAGUGAAAUUGUAUAAUAAGAACUAACCAAAACAGCAAUAGGCAAGGCAUAUUGACGUGGGAGAGAGGCAUAAAGCAAUCACAGGUGUUAUUCGAGAGCGCAAAGAUAACAACUGGUAAUGGUGACGAAAGUUUGGGCUGAGCCUAAACAGAUAAAACAGGACAGGGUACCGUGUAAAGGAACAGUCCAGCAGGCAUCAGCUGUGUAGCUGAGGGAUCAUAAGGUCCAGUGAACAGCAAUAGGUGAGUCAGGGAGCAGUUCGAUGGCUGCUACGGCACAGGCGAGCAGGAGGCACGGCUCUUGAUUACGUGUGCUAGCGGGCCGGGGCUAGCAGAUGGAUCUUCGUGGUCGUCGCAACGGGAAGCCUGUUGAAACCACAUCAGACGACUACGUCGGCAGACCAGUCGUGAUGGAUCGGCGGGGCUCCGUGUCGACACUAGGAGGUCCCGCCCGGUUGACAGAGAGGUAGAUAGCUGGGAGAUGGGCCUGGCUCGAGGCUAGCUCAAGGCUAACUGGCGCUUGCUUCGGUUCAGUGGUGAUUAGCCAACAACAACAUCCAUUCGGUUGCAGCUAGCUAGUUGCAAUUAUCCGGUGUUAAGGUUCAGUGAUUCCGGCAGAAAAUCCGAUAUGUUCUGGGUCUAUAGCGCGCUGUGCAGAUAAUUGUCCAGGCUGGCUGGUAGUUAGUGCAGGCCAUGGACAAUGGUGAAAACUGCUAACGGUGGUUAAUAGCAAGUAGCUAGUUAGCUGGCUAGUUUCAGCCGGAGGUUCCAGAUAAAAAGGUAUAAGAAAUAAUAGAAUCCGUUCCACAUUGGGUGAGCCUGGUUGCAGGAAAGUAUAUUUAGUUGAAUGAUGAAAGCAAUGAAUGUAGCUAUGAAGAUACUGUUGUUGGCCACGAGCUAUGAGUCAGCCACGAGCACUACCUAAAUCGGAUACUAGAAUAUUGCAACAAUAGGGUGGAACACAUUGUUUUCUUUUUAUGGAAGAAUCUCUAGGAACCACAUGUAGGAAACACAUUGAUUUACUUUAACCAUUUUCCACCUCUGAGGCCAGAUAACAGCCUCUGCAGGCUGAUCUGGUGCCCCCUGCCACUGUCUUUCCACACAGAGUACUUUUUCGAUAGCCUCUCCCUCUGAUAAAAUCCUCCACUGGUAAUAGCGACGGCUUUGGUUUAUUUGGUCAAUUAAAGAAUAAUGUGGACCUUUUUUUGUGCUUUGUGCUGCCACUUUUCGCAUUUCUAUCAAUGCCCUGCCAACACCCAGAGUUGAGAAUGAACAUUCAGAGCCCCUACUUCCUGCUUUAGAGUGAACAGGACUCAGUAUGAUAGGUGUCAACUUCCUCUCUUGGUGUCAACAGGAAAUGUAGAAAUGAGUCAGUUUGGAUUCUGGUUAAGAGUGUUACUUCAUCUCUUGAUAGGGAAGGGGGUGUCGUCUUGAGUGCAAGGAUCUGUGGUAACCACAUGUGACCGCCCUUCCUGUUUUUAACAAUGUAUUUAAUUAUGUUGCUUCCCCUUUAAUUAAAGGUGUCAGUGUUUUUGUUGUGAGAAGGCUUCCUCUUUUAUAUCUAAUUAUGCUUCAAUGUUCUUUAGUGGCAGAGGUCUGCCUAAUGCCUAUGUUAAAUACAAGUAAACACACCUGAUGUAAACAAAUGAACACCUCAGACAAAAUACUUUCUGUGCUUCUUCAGCUGGCUGGAGCAGCAUUCAUCGCCAUUGGGUUCUGGGCCUGGAGUGAGAAGGUGAGUGAGCAGCUUCUCCCAUGGCCUUGUGAAUGUUUCACCACUGGACAGAGACAACUGAACUCUGCCCAAUGACUGUGUUUGAGUUAGAGCUUAAACACACAGACUGAUCGGCAGUAGAAUACUUAAGCCAGGAUUGUCCAGUCACUUCUCAUCACUGCCAUCACAGCUUUUGAAAGAUUCACAACUAUCAAAUUCAAAUGUAAUUUCCCCUCUUGUUACACAUGGCUUAACCUUAGCUGAUAAGACAUUUUAAUGUAAAUGUCUGUUCUGUAGGGUCGAACCGUUCAACUACUAGAGGUUAUUCUAAUGCGUAUUGGACCUAUUCAUGUUACUAGUUAACACGCCAGCUUUUAAUCACAGGUACUCCAACAUGUGAUUUAUUCAGUGUAUGAAAUAAUUGAUUCUCAUAAUGACUGUCUGCCUGCAUGUUGAAGGCUGUGCUUGAAAUGAUAUCAGUCUCUGAGUCAUCAGUGUCUAGUGCUGAGCGAUUAGUGCUUUUUGAGGUUGGGUUCGAUUAUUAAAAAUCACCUUUGUAAUCACUUUCAGUUUCAAUUUUUUUUUUUUAAGUGAACAUUAAAUGCAUUGUGUCGGAUGCUGUCCCAGCACAGAAUAGAACAAUUUAAUAAAAGUCCCAUGAUGGUAGUGACUGCCCAUUACUGAUUAUCACUUAUUAACAAUUUAUUCACAACACUUUAAUACAAUAUUUCAGUUGUGUAUAUUACAUUUGUUUUAUUUGAUGAAUUUAUUAUUUCAUUCCAAGUCUUCAUCUAAACUCUACAGAGCUGCUGCCUAUGCUGUUUGACAAAAUAACUAUUGUAGUAGUUCUUCAAAGUAAAUAAGGAAUACUUUUAUGACUGCUGAAUACCAACUGUCAAUCACUUAGAUCAUGUAGAGAGACCUCGUGAAGCAACUGCUCUCUAUCCCUCUCGCACAUUCUUCUCUCCGUGCCCCACACUAACCUAAUUUAGCAGGCAUAAACCAGGCACUGACCGGACAAGUAGAUGAAUUAUGGUCAUUGUUGUUAAUUACCACAUUUUCUGCGCAAAGCGAUAUAGAAUAUUAGCCUGUUGGAAACAACUCCCUACUACAUCGCAUAGUUCAGGCUUGAUCUGAUUUAUAUGUAGAGAGCUCACAGGAAAAAAAUGAACAAAAUAGUAUUCAAAUAAUUGACCAGACUUAGGUCAAUUAGUUCUUUAAAAAAACUAAAUUUUGGGUAAUAGUUCAGGUCAUACAGUAUUUAAUUUAAUUCACCCGCUGUCCUGUGUCGCCAUGCACAGUAGCCUGGGGAUCUGUUAGCUCAACGGUUAAAGGUCCAAUGCAGUGGUUUUUAUCUCUAACAAAUCAUUUAUGGCUACCAAUUAAGUACCUUACUGUGAUUGUUUUCAAUUAAAAUGGUCAAACAUAAACAAAAAACUUUUUAGCAAAGAGCAAUAAUUUUGUUAGGACUGUUUUGGGAGUGGUCUGAGUGGGGAGGGGAAAACUAGCUGUUAUUGGCAGAGGUUUGGAACUCUUUCUUAUUGGUCUAACUAAAUUACCACCUGGUGAUGUCACCGUUGAAGGCCAUCCCACCAAAACGGGCAACAAUUUCAGGCAGUCUUUUCAAACAGCUCUUAGACUAAAAAAGCAUUAUCAUUUUCGCAAUACCACAGUAUUAUUCCAACCUCAUUGUGUGGCAAUAUAUUUAAAACACAGGGGAAAUCGUGUUUUUGACUGCACUAGGCCUUUAACUCAACUGCUCUCACCUGUAGGGAGUGCUGUUGGACCUGACCCAGGUGACACGGCUGCAUGGCUUUGAUCCCGUGUGGCUGGUGCUGGCGGUGGGAGCGCUCACCUUCAUCCUGGGCUUUGCAGGAUGUGUAGGGGCACUCAGGGAGAACAUAUGCCUCCUCAAAUUUGUGAGUACCGCACCACUUCAACAAUCCUCUUUCUAUUUCUCUCUCUGUCUCUUGGGUCUCUCAUAGCAUACCGAUAGCUUAAUUGUAUACAUAUUUUAGCUGCCCUUACAAGCAAGCAUCUCUGUUGGCCCAGCUUGUGCUCCAUGAGUCAGACAUGCUCCUCUGUUGAUGCAACAUCCAAUAUGAUGACUAACAAGGUGUGUCCAUCUUAAUGAGUGGAAAUCUAUGAAUAAGAGAUUCCUUCAUUCACAACAUCCUGCAUUGUAGUGUUGCACAGUAAUAUCACAGUACCAAAACACCAUGAUACUUAUGAUAGCAACAUUUUAAGAAAACCGUAGUACAAUUUCAUGCGGUACUACCAAAUUUUUCGGCCUACCCCAGCCAAACCCUCCUCUAACCCGGACGACGCUGGGCCAAUUAUGCUCCGCCCUACGUUAGUGAGCAUUUCUCCUUUGCAAAGAUAAUUAAUCCAUCUGACAGGUGUGGCAUAUCAAAAAGCUGAUUAAACAGCAUGAUCAUUACACAGGUUCACUUUGUAUUGGGGACAUAAGGCCACUAGAAUGUGCAGUUUUGUCACACAACACAAUCUCAAGUUUUGAGGGAGCAUGCAAUUGGCAUGCUGACUGCAGGCAAUGUCCACCAGAGCUGUUGCCAGAGAAUUUAACAGGUAGGCCUAGUAUGUGUUGGGGAGAUAGUGGUGUGUGUGGGAGGGAGGUGGAGAGUCUGUGUACUGAAGAGUAAAGAAGGUUUCGUGCAGUGUUUUCCCCUUACUGCCACAAUGACAUGCAGAUCAUUAUGUAUGUAUAUUCCUCCAGCCAAAUCACAAAUCAGCCAUUCUAUGCAGUAUUCUAUUAUACAGUGUGAAGUUGAAUACGAUAUGUGUUGUGUUGAGUAGAAGUGUGAAUAUCAGUGAAAGGUUGUUGGUGUAGCACAUGCACAUAAAUUUAGAAAACGGGAACAAAGUGUCUGAGGGAAUGGACAGACAGGAUGCUAGGCCACUCAGAAUUGUUUUCCCCCGUGGUAUCGCGAUACUACUCGGUCUCGUGAUACUUGGCCUGGUAUCUUAUCAUUAGUAAAAUGUUGGUAUUGUGAGAACACUACUCCAUUGAUAAGGGCAUGCAAUUGUUUUUUAGUUUUUUUACCCAUGCAAAGCACUACCAAACAUGCUACCAGGAACACUACUAUCCUUUCUUUCUCUGUUCUGUGACUGAUGCCCCUCUAUCUGUCUCACACCACUGGUAGAUUACUUGUUUCUCUCCUUCAGUUUUCAGGAGUCAUCGGGUUCAUCUUCUUCCUGGAGCUGACGGCAGCCGUGCUGGCGUUCGUCUUCCAGGACAACGUCAGGGAGUGGAUCAAUGACUUCUUCCUGGCCAACGUCAAGGCCUACAGAGAGGACAUCGACCUGCAGAACCUCAUCGACUCCCUGCAAAAGAUGGUAGGAGAGAGGGAGAGAUAUGCAGAGUCUGGUUGUGGGGGUGUGUAAUGGGAUAUAGAGGCAGGGAGAAAGGGAAUGUGAGACAAGGUGACGUUUUAACCAGUGCCUCUUUCCCCUCCCUGAUAAUGUCUUGCUGCUGUCUUGUUUCCUGCUGUCCCUCAUCCUUUGUCACAUUGUUUCCUUUCCUCCUAAACGCUCAGAUUGUUCAUACAGUGCCUUCGGAAUGUAUUCAGACCCCUUGACUUUUUCCAUUUCCCCCCCCCCCCUCAUCAAUCUACACACAAUACCCCAUAAUGACAAAGCAAAAACAGGUUUUUAGAAAUUGUUGUUAAUUUAUAAAAUUUUUUAAAACUGAAAUAUUACAUUUACACAAGUAUUCAGACCCUUUACUCAGUACUUUGUUGAAGCACCUUUGGCAACGAUUACAGCAUCGAUUCUUCUUGGGUAUGACACUACAAGCUUGGCACACCUGUAUUUGGGGAGUUUCUCCCAUUCUUCUCUGCAGCUAUUUUCAGGUCUCUCCAGAGAUGUUCGAUCGGGUACAAGUCCGGUAUCUGGCUGGGCCACUCGGGGACAUUCAGAGACUUGUCCCGAAGCCACUCCUGCGUUGUCUUGGCUGUGUGCUUAGGGUCGUUGUCCUGUUGGAAGGUGAACCUUCGCCCCAGUCUGAGGACCUGAGUGCUCUGGAGCAGGGUUUCAUCAAGGAUCUCUCUGUACUUUGCUCCAUUCAUCUUUCCUUCAAACAUGACUAGUCUCCCAGUACCUGCCACUGAAAAACAUCCCCACAUCAAUGGAAACAGGAUGCACCUGAGCUCAAUUUCGAAUGUCAUAGCAAAGGGUCUGAAUAGUUAUGUAAAUAAGGUAUUUCAGUUUUUUUAUUUGUAAUACAUUUGCAAAAAAAUCUAUAACCUGUUUUUGCUUUGUCAUUAUGGGUUAUUGUGUGUAGAAUGCUGAGGAUUUUUAUUUAUUUAAUCCAAGGCUGUAACGUAACAAUGUGGAAAAAGUCAAGGGUUCUGAAUACUUUCCGAAGGCACAGUACAUCCUAUUGAUUGUGUGCUUGUUUUCACAAGCCUCGCUACAAUGGCUUGUUGUUCUCUGGGGACCUGAUACGACCUGAACUGUUGUCCUCCCAGUGGAUAUGUACUGUAUGCUCAGUCCUACACUGUCAGAUGUGUGGUAUGAAGACCCUUCAGUUAGUUAGAACCAUCUCUGACUCACCUCUACUGUCUGUCCUAGAACCACUGCUGCGGAGCCAAGGAGCCUGAUGACUGGAACCUGAACGUCUACUUCAACUGUACCAACAACAACCCCAGCAGAGAGAGGUGUGGCGUUCCCUUCUCCUGCUGCAUCAGUGAUCCUGCAGUGAGUACUCUGUCUGCCCGUAUCUCCAUGUGUCUCUUGUGCUGCUUUUCCACUGUAACAACAGUGUUACACUAGUGUAUACACCCUUAUGUUAUACUAGGGAAAUUGUGUUUCCAUAGUUAGGGCUGACUGAGGACUUGUGAAGAGCAUAAUCGGCAACCUCUACAUAAUCAAAGCAGUUGCUUUGUGAGAAGGUGUUAAAGUUCAGUUAGCUAUUGUUAUGUAAAUGCUAGCUGUAAAGUACCAGUGGACUGGCUUUGGCCCCAAGUGAAAAGCCUGAUCAUUUUGGGUAAAUUCUGUAUGGAAAUACGUCGUUGGUGUCAUUGCUCCUUCAGUAUCCGUCUCCUCUGAAUAAGUCACUCUGUUCUCGUGUUACAACUCCCACUGUCAUAUGCAUUUUUAGGUAUGCUUCUUGUUAGUCCUUGACACUGACAGGACUAAAUCAAGCUGUUGCUUCCUCUCUCCUCAGGACUCAGUUUUGAACACCCAGUGUGGAUAUGAUGUCCGUAAAGGUCCAAAGGUAUGACCCUAUCAGCGCACACAUCACAUACACAUGUAUACAUAAUAUAAUAUGUGCUAUUUAGCAGACGCUAUUUCCCUUGAUGAUCGCCUACUGCAUGUCUUUAAAGGGAUAGUUCAGGAUUUUGGCAAUGACGCCCUUUAUCUACUUUCCCCAGAGUCAGAUGAACUCGUGGAUAAAAUGUUUGUCUCUGCGUUCAGUUUAAGGAUGUUGCCAUCUAGCGUUAAUGCAAUUGCUAACUAGCGUUAAAAAUCCCGAACUAUCUCUUUGUGUUUUUAUAUCGCCUGUGUAUGCAUCCAUGUCUACUGUUUGCGACAAUCUACCUCUGUGCUAGCUGUAGUAAGACUAUUGCUGUGAAAGGAAAAUAUCAUAUUGUGAGAGUAAAAGUUUGAGGGGCAAUUUCAGUGCAGAAAGUAAACUUACAUUUAUUUUAAGGGUAGAUGAUACAGGAUUUAGUGGCAAGUCGCUCUGGAUAAGAGCGUCUGCUAAAUAAUGUAAAUGUAAUUUAAACUCCGUAUCGACAGGGUCUUUUCUUCCUAUUACCCAAAUGGGAGAAACUCAUGUUGUGGCAGGCUCCCUUCUGCCCCUGUGAAUCUCUGUCACUACGAAGAGCGGCAGGCUGAAUAUAAAUGAUUAUUUUAUCUAUAUUUUGGCCUAGUGUUUCAGUGGUCACUCAAAGCUGGUUUAAAUUGGUGUUUUUCACAUUCACCCUGUUGACAUUGGUUCUGAUCCCCUGGCUCAGAAUUAACUAUUCAUCUUCCUUGUUAUUAGUUUGGGAGAAGGAAGAACCAUACAGGGGUUUACAACAAGGUUUUAAGGCAAACUGAUUUGUCUUUUUUUGUUGGUCAGGAAAAACGUCUCACACUGCAGAUGCACCUAGAUAAAUGGGUGGUUUUUAUGCUGAAAAUAGAAGCGAUGAAUUUCACUAUCAUAGAUGACUCGUCAAUUAAUUGCAGAAGAAUCAAAUAUUUGCUAAUGUUGACCUUUCCUUUGCCCCUUAUGAUGCUCAAUAUUAAUUUAACUCGCAUGUUUUCAUAGGCUGUCAUGGAUAAUGGCUACACAAUAGCGGAUUGGAGCCUUUUUGAAUUCGGGAAACUUCUUGACAACACACUUGGUGUUAAAUCUUCUUUAGUAUUUGAAAAAGCAAUCCGUUGGAUCUAUCCCUAUAAGAUGCAUUAAGUGCACCAAGAUUUGUAGUUGGCGUAAGGUGAUUUGAGUAAGCCGGUAUAUACGAAGGUAUGGAAGAUUAUUCCGUAUAGCUGUCAUUUCCUGUUGCAGGGGGACUGGAGCUACAACAUUUACGUCAAGGGCUGCAUCCCAGCCUUAGAGGAGUGGCUGCCUCGGAAUAUCUACAUAGUAGCUGGAGGAUUCAUCAUUAUAUCUGUACUCCAGGUAAAUAUAUGGAUAUUGAAAUGAGACUACAUGUGUAUAUGCUGAUGUGAUUCGUAUAUAUUCUAAGCUAAUGCUGUGAAUUCUUCUCACUUCUCAGAUGAUGGGCAUCUUCUUAGCUCGGACACUGAUCGGUGACAUUGAGAAGGUCAAGUUUAACUACUACUGAGUGGUGUGGUGGAAUGCAUAGGCCAACAGGGGACAGUACUGAGAAUAUCCACCAUACAUUCCUCCCUCUCUGAGGCAUAGCAAGGGACAAGAAUACUUCCAUACCUGUGGCUCGUUAUCUUUGGACUGUUCUGUCUCUGGAGAUGGAAACCUCUGCAGAGCCUGCACAGUGGACAUGAAGCUGCCUUAUUCAACUCAAGACUCUUAUGUGCCUUCUCUCACAGGAUUGCAGUCUGACUUUAAAAAUACACCCUGGGUUUCCCUUUGUUUUUGUAAUUAGAUACAUUCUUGUAUGAAUUGCCCCAGACACACUGAAUGUUUUCCUCUUUCCUGGGAACAGCGUCUUAACCAAUAAACCCAGGUAGAUUCCUGGGCGACUACAUCAUACCUCAAUGAUACAAAAACUACAAUUAAGUCGUCGCACAGGUUUAAAAGGUGUGUUCUCUCUCUGUGGCCUGCAGCAUUGUCCCUUACCUCUCAGCUAAACAUGGAAAAUGAAGCUCUAUUUUAAAGGUAGACUCAGCAAUGUGACAUAGAUGCAGAAAGUAACCGUGUAGUGGGUCAAUUUCCACAACUAAGUGUGAGGCUCAAUUUCUCUGUUUUGGUCCUGUACCUACAACGCUGUAACAGUGUGAAGCGACCCUGUGCACAUGCGCAGAUACUGUGUGAGGGCGAAGUCUUGCGUCUCACUCGUCUCAGUAUCUGCCGUCCUGCUCGUGGCAGUCAUUUAGCCCAGUCUACCUUUAAACCAUUGGAAUCAGUCUGCAGCUGGUCAAAACCAAAAGUGCACAGCUGAAACUCUGACCUAUUGUCCAUCAUGCCUUGUCUUUUCUAGCAGUCAUGUGUCUCACAUAACUUGUCAUUCCACAACGUGUAGUGCAUCAAAUGCUAACUAGCAUAGAGUAUCGAUUAUUUAGACACAUACAACUUAAGGGAAACGACUGUCGAUGCAAUGUGUGUAGAUAGUUGACAUGUUUAAUUUGAUCAGUCUUAGAUGACCCCUAAGUGAAAUAUUAGUUAGCUAGUUCACUCGGAGUAGCUGAGUUGGACUAUUUUGCUGUUGUGUUGACUGCAGGCAAGGAAGCUUGACCAGGUGCAGCAGUGGAGACCUCCAGAGCCCAGUUUCUCACAGACAGACAGGGAGACAUCCAGAGCAGCAUGGGCCUCUAGAGGUACAGGUGAGAUCUGAUCAUAGCGCUCACAUCCCUUCGAGCUAUAGCCGGGAUCUGUGUUGUGAUCACAUCACUAGACCUAGGCUUAGUUAUCUGCCUGCAUGGUGAAAGUUUUGAUUGAGAGAUUGUAUUCACCUCUAACGUCUUGAAUAAUUUUUACUGUCUCAGCAUCUUUGGUAAUAAUCUGUUUUUCUAAACACAUUCACAAAUGCAAGCCCACAGUCAGCACCUUUUCAUUUUAGCUUGAAAUGUGCUGAGAGCUGUUCUACUCUGCUCUUGUUAGAUAUUGAAUACAAUGUCAUCUGAUCGGGCUGCCCAGUGGCACUUUUAUGUAGAAAAUAUACAAUUACAACUGUACGGGAGGUCUUGAUGCCCAACCUGUCUCUCUCCUCUGCUCAGCCUGUACACCUCAACGAGACAGAAUGAGCGCAGACUUCCUGAAACAUUACUCAAAGCGUUCUGAAAGUGUUUUCAACAGAGGUGUUUGCUGCCAGCCAGAUAACUGCCAGUGCCUACACACAUUGAGCUUGCUUUACCUUCAUCCUGUCCAUUCCCUCUCCACUGCUGUCCUUGUACCAGAAUGGGGAGCUUUACAGAGACAUCUAUGGCAGGUAGCCUAGCGGUUAAGA